UGCGAGCACGGUUUGUCGCUGUAUCUCCACUCUCUGCGAAUCUUCGAAUCCGCGGCGGCGUCUUAUGGGUUUCUGUGUGUGGUGCCUUGUUUAUGUUAAUCCGAUAUUUAUAUAUAUACAGGCGAAAUAUUGCAAAAUUAGCAAUAAAUUCGGCCAAUUUAUCGGAGUUCGGUUUUAGAAGCGUGAGACCCGCGAGUUGAAGGCAUUCGAAAAAUGAGUGUGCAGCAAAAGUGAUCGCUGGAAGUGGAUGAAGUUAAAGGGUCAAACCGGUUUUCGGACAACAGCCAUGGAGUUGCCACCAGCAGCAGCAACAACAAAUGCGUCGGCAUCCUUGCAACGUGUCGCCUCGGAAUCCGGUCUUGGUCGGGAACGGGAACGGGAGCAGGAACAGGCAGCAGCUGCUCCGCCUGGCCAAAUGAUGGGCCACCACUAUCAUUACAUCCAAUAUCCGGCGCAUUUCCAGCCGCAGCAACUGCAGGAGCAGCAGCCGCAGCCACAACAGCUGCCAACUUGCCAAUGUCCCUGCUCCUGCGGUCGAGCUCCUCCUCCUCCGCUGCAGCACAGUAAUCCCAGCCAGAAUGCUUCAAUGGCCGUGGCUGUGCUGGUCCACCAACAAACCCCCAGUCAACAGGACCCAGCGAGGAGUUCGCCCAUCAAAACCCAGUCGGCCCAGUCCCUGCUCAACCACUCCUACCAGGCUCUCCACGAGGAGCAGCAGCAUCAGGAGCAGCUCCAACUGGACUCCUCCGCCGGAGCCGGGAGCUGUGAUUGUGAUCUGGAGUGCACUUGCCCAGCCACCGGAGGCAACUCCUCCUUGGCCCAGCACAAGAGGAGUCUGCUAGCGGAUGCCAUGCUGGGAGCCGACGAGAUCACGGUUAGUGAGUCCGACAACAACAGCACCAUGAUCAAGAAAAAGAAGCCGCGAUCUGGCGGAGGAGCGGGUCAGCUUCCGCCGAAGACACAGCCCACGGGUGAUAGUUGCAACGAUAUAUACCACGACACUGAGCUGGACGGAGGAGGAGCAGUGACAGCGUCUCCUGGCUCGGGAAUCAAGUCCCAGAUCUUGGAUGAUAAUCGCCCACCUCUGCCGCCACGCCCACCGCCCAGACCCAGGAGCAAUGCAAAUGGUUCCAUAGUCCAUCGCCAUGGAGCUGGGAUCAAGAAGUACGUGGUCUGGUGUCUCAUCUGCGGCGGCUUCAGUUGCCUGCUGGGCGUGCUCUUCCUGGGCGUCUACUUCCUGCUCCAUUCCUACACCAUUACGGUGGGUAACUUCGAGACGGUGCCCACCUUUGUGCCCGCCACCCUGCUCAUCCUCACGGGCGUCUGCAUCAUGAGCCUGGCCAGGCGUCGGAAUCGCUAUAGUUAUCUGAUUAAGCUAUCUGGAGCCUGUGGCCUGGUCUCCGCCUUAACCUGCGCCCUGGUCACCGUGACCACCACUGUGCUCCACAUGAGUCGUCUGCAGGCGUUGAGGGAAUGCGAGUAUGCCCAGAAGACGAGGACUUGCACCUGCUACUCGGACCUCAUCGAAUCCCAGGUGGAUCGCGUGGAUAAGGAAGGAGUGCGCCUGGUGUUCGACUCCCUCUCGGAUUGCGGGGUCGUUCAUGGCUCCCUGUACUCCUGCCUGAGGGCCAUCUUUGGCCUGUCCGUGGCCGGAGUCCUCAUUGCCGUCUUCAGCUGCAUGUUGGUGUACCAGCUGCUGAGUCACGAACGGAAGAAGAUGUACUGGGAGCAGCUGGAGCUGCGCUGCAGAUCCUUGUACGCCAGUCAGGCACCUCCUCCUGCCUUGGGUCCUGGCAGGAUGUUGAACUGCAGGUGCUGCGAGCAGUGCCACGCCCACCGCCAGUUGACUCUGCCGCUGCAGGCCACCGCCUAUCCGUGGGAUGAGGCCACAGUGGCCGCCGCCGCAGCAGCCGCCGGAGGAGGAGGUGGGGAGCAGCGUUUCUGGACCGCCCAACCGCCGGGUAACUUCUACUCCCCGAAUCCCGGAGGCGAGGAUGCGGUGGGAGCCUGCCGGAGUGGAGAGCGGGCAGUGGGAGCGGGUCGCAGCAGCAGCGGAUGGAGCUGGCCACGAAUGCCCUGGCAACGGACCACUCCUGACACGGGAAGACGCUUCCGACAGGCGGCCGCCAGUCCGGACUCGCAGUACGGCUUCAGUUCGUCCACGGCCGUGCAGGGCGAUGGCAACCAGAUGCUGAUCGAGGAGCCCGUGGUGGCCGCCGCCUACAGCGGAAUGCCGCCGCCCAAUGCCCUGCCCUACGGAGUCUGGGGUCCUCCGCCGCCGUACAGCGAUCCCAAUAGUCCGGCCAGGCGGGGCUACUACCAGUACCUGCAGCCCACGGCCUGCCUGGUGGGCAAUCCGGGGACUGUCGCCGUCACCCUGACCCAGGAACAGAUGCAUCCGACCAUGCAACACCAGCAUUCGCAUCCCCAGCAACAGCAACAGUUGCAACAGAUGCAACUGCAACGCCUGCAGGUGCAAUCGGCCACCUUGGAACGGAUGGAUGGCCUCAGCAGUGCUGGCAAUGUCAGCACCCUGGUGGCGGCCACACGCUCCUCCGCCUACAAGUCCAAGGCGGAGUAUGAGAACACGCCAUCGGACAGCGAUGGGGGAAAUCCCCGGGAAUCCAGAGAGCGCUGUUCCAACACCCUGCCCACGAGGAAACUUAAGAAGCGUCUGGAGGCGGGCACUGGAGCCAAGAGCAUCGGACCGCAGAGCAAUCCCGGCCAGCAACGACCCAAUGUCCAGCAGCUGUUCGCCAAGCAGGAGCAGCAGCAGCAGCAGCAGCAGGCGGUCCAGGCCAAUCCGCAGCAGGCGCAACCGCAGACGGCGGGCGUGGAGAACAGUGGCUACCAGGACUCGAACGGAGCCAUUGCCAAGGAUCAGGCGGUGGGAACGGAUCCCGCCGAGUCGGAGGUGUACUUCGCCGACGUGAGCAGCUGCUGCAACAUGUCCGUGAAGAACGACAGCUACUACGACAAUGCCCAGCGCCACCAGGGACACCAUCAUCAUCACCAGCACAGCAAUUGCAGCCACAGCAGCGGGCAGAGCAACGCCAACGAGGAUUACCUGGCCCAGCGUUUCGGUCGGGGAAGGGAGCACUCCGUGCGGAGUCGACUGCCCAUUCCGCAGACGAGGCGGGAGGAUGACUACGAGAGCUCCAACCUGAACAUGCCCACGCUGAAGGAGCAGCAGCAGCAGGCGCAGCAGCUGCAGAAGGAGAUCUCGCGCCAGAGCAUGUGCUCCGUGGAGUCGGAGGCCAAGACGGAGUUCACCGACCUCUCGCCAUCCACGCCCUGCGGCGGUAAUCUUCCCCUGCCGCCGCCGGCGAACUUUGCCAGUGAUCCGCCGACGACGGGUCAGCAGUCGCCCAGCUUCGUGGCCUCGUUCCCCUACUCCUCGGAGUCGCAGUGCCUGGAGGCGCAUCGCCGCUCCACGAAGAACAUCCACGAGCUGCUGAUCGCCGGCGUGGGCGGCGGAGCCUCCUCGGCGGGCGGCGACUCGCACUACGAGGUGAUCAACGACCGGGGCAACCAACCCAAUCCCUACCAGCUGCAGCGAUCGCAGCAGGCCAAGCACAAGGCGAAGUCCAAGACGCGAUCGCGGGAGCAGCUGGACAUCUAUGGCAGCGGAGCCGAGCGGUCCGACUGGUCCUCGGAUGGGGGACGCUUGUGAGAUCCCGAUGACCAGGAGGUGUUUGUCUAGCAGCGGUUUCACCUUCAUUAUAUUCUCUAGGGAUCAGUGAUGGGAACUGGGUGGUUUAUGUAUGACCAAGUACCAAAUUUAACACCUAUUCCUCAGUCUCUUGUCUAUCAUAUGGUAUAAGUAUCAUUCGUUUAUUUGGUUAUAUGACCUGGAUACCCCCCAUCACUGCCCGUAGAGCCACCUUUCAUUUAGAAUCGUCGCAUUUGUAAUGUUUGCCAUCCAAAAGGGAACUCUAUUCUAUUUAAAAUAUCCUCUCUCUCUCCCAAAAUUAUUAUCGAAGGUCCUCGGGGCCCCAAAAACCUUGCUUUAACUAUUUUACGCGAUAUCCUUUGCAUAGUUUACAUAGAACACAUAUAUAUAACUUAACACAUAUGGUAGCAUUGAAUUGAAUGUUGACAACUUGUAGCAAUGAUAAUCUAUGGAUAUUAUAUACAAAUUAUGUUAUAUUUACCUGCGUAUUUACAUAGUUGCGUAUACAGUAUACACACAACCAUAUACACAUACAAAUAUAUGACUAGUUAGUUAAAUGUUAGAGCGCCAGUUAAAUUUAUUAAAGAAAUACACCAAGUAUAACCAAAACAUUUUAACAAAAGCGCAUUGGAUUUUUA